UUCCAAGCUGAUCACACAUGGCAACUGGGCCUACGAGACCACAUGUACAGAGGAUGGGCGACUGUGAUAAUUGAUUACUGCAGCUUCCACUAAGACUAAGCAACUCCGAAAUGCCUGGCAUUACCACGGCGAAGCUGGAUAGACUAGUCCGCUAUAUACAGGAACGAAACUCCGCCCGAUCUCGGUGGAUACUUGAGAAACUCCAGAGACAAACUGACGAACUUCAGGUGUUGGACUAUCGCUACCAUACAGACGAAACGCUUCUCCAUAUUGCCGCCAAAUACCAAGAUGAUGGUGAGCUCACGUCACGUAUCCUACAAAUCGCGCCAAAUCUCAUUCUCAAGGCGCGUUCGUGUGAGCAGUAUGCCGGUCAAACAGCUUUCCACAUCGCUAUCACUAAGGGCAAUUUGACGGCAUUUAAUCAAAUGUUGAAUGUUGCCGCACGGUCUCCGCAAUCUCUGCGCACUUUGCUGAGUACUAGAGCGACGGGGAGGUUGUUCAUUAACACUGUUAUGAUGGGAGAGCUACCAUUAUUUGUAGCUGUGCUUAAAUUCGACAAAGAUAUGGUGGAUAAGUUGUUAGACACGGGAGCUAAGUUAUAUCAACAAAAUAGUAAAGGAGAUACCAUAUUCCACUCCCUCAUCAAAUACGCCGCUGUGUAUCCCGACAAGGCAUGCGAGGUACGGGAGAUGAUGGAAUAUCUGCAUGACCGCCUUGUUCAACUGACCAAAACUACCAUACAGAAACAAGCACCGUCAAAAAAGAAGGACGAAGAGAAGGAGGACGAGGAGGAAACAGAAAAUGAGGACGACAGUGAAGUAAAACCAAUCGGAAAUGGUUAUCAUCACAGUCUGUCAUCCACUCGUAACUUCCCUCCACUAGACCAGAAAAAGACGAAAAUAGCUUGGGACGCUCAACCAAAGAAAGAAACAAAAGGAAAGUGGGAAGAAACAACCUGUAAUGAAUACACUCACGUCUGGUUUCUCAAAAAUGACGACUCGCAAACACCGUUACAGCUAGCCGCUGAGUAUGGUAUGGUCACCUUAUUCGAGUUCAUUCUCAACAUAGAGGAUAUCUAUUGCUUGUUCAGUGCCGAUGACGGCCUUUUUGAUAUUAAGCUGUACGAUAUCACAGAGAUUGACUCCAUAGGAAACACGAAAUCACAAACAAUGUCUGCCGAUGAUGUGAAUGAUUAUGAUGAUGAUGAUGAUGAUGAUGAUGGUAACACUGGGCGAAGUUGUUGUAGAGGUAUCCAUGGGUCAGUUACGACGGUCUCCAUCUUGGAAAUGAUGUUCGAUAAUAACUACAAGAGUUCCGCCGCCUUCGAGUUAAUGGAGCUUCAACCACUCAAAGUUCUCAUUGAAGCAAAAUGGAAUUUGUACAAGAGCACGUACAUAUUCUGGAUGGUGAUCCACUUUAUUCUGAUGGUCGUCCUCAGUGUGUUUGCAGUGGAACGGACUAGCCUGAACUUCCCAAAGUUCCCAAGGGCAGCAAAUUAUACAAACACCGAUCACGUGAUCUCCGUUUGGAUAGUUAAUGUGUCACAAUGGAUAGAGUUUGCAUUUGGAAUAAUAUAUUUUCUUAUCGGACUACUCCUCAUUUUCCCCAAAAUGAAACGCCCCCAUCGCUCUCGUUACUGGCAACACAACAUCGGGUACAUAACCAUGGUGUUUAUGUUCGCUAUAUGUUUACUACUGGAUACACUGCUGACGUUUGCUCUCGAGGUUCAUGACGGUGUCCCUCUUGUCUUUGCUCUGCUGACGGGCUGGUGGUUCAACGUUUUCUUUUUACGGGGUUGGCAGGUGUUUAGCUUCUUUACCGUCAUGAUACAGCGUGUCAUAUUCGGCGACUUAUUCCGGUUUUCCGUAUUCAUCGGGCUUGAACUUGUAGCAUUCACAACAUGUAUGCAUACGGUCUAUCAAGGCCAAGGUAUUCCGAACAUUGAAGGAAUUUACUCUUCAACAGAAACGAGCACAUUGCUGGAGUUUGGAUCCACCUUGUUGUCAAUGUUUAGUCUAAUGCUGGGGUUGUCAAAUAUCAAUGGGUUACGUGAAGCUCGAGUGCCAUGGUUAUCUAUCAUUCUCUUCAUUGGAUUUGUUCUGUUAACAUACGUUCUUCUGUUAAACGCACUAAUUGCUAUGAUGUCAGCGACAUGUGGCACGGUUCUAGAAAAUCGGUACGAACAAUGGCGGAUACAACAGUUGUCUGUCAUAUUAUUCAUUGAGGACCUUCUUUGUCUCUUUUGUAUGGAUAGGAUCUUACGAUGUCCGGCAAAGUUAACAAAGAUGGAAAUAUUCCAUCCGUCGAAAAUGACAAUAAAAAAACAUGUCCGCUAUUACCUGAAGAUGCAGUCCUUACAGGGUGACUUCGCUUCCGAGGAGGACACUGAAAUAAUUCAGAAGAAAACACAGGCAGAAAUAGCAAACACUGUCAAUACAGAGCUUCUACAGUCCAUUAAAAAGGAAAGCAAAUUCAUGGUGCCGAAAAAGGAGGAACGGAAGCCUAUUCUUGUGUCAAGGGAAACAGAGACUGACGACUAUCUGUUGGCCCCUACUGUUAUCGCGGCCCCAACUGCUUCCAUCGUCCCAAUCUAUCACGAAGUCGGCGCGACAGAGGUGGAACCAACCGAACGCGACUUGCAAGCGGCGCGUCAGAUACAUAACACCAAACACGUGUCAAAAUCUGCGGGGUUAGGACACGUGGUUUACCACGAACACAUCCAAUAGAUGAUAAUUAUUUUGUAAGCUGUUUGUCCGAUAUAUAUACCAGCCAAAAUAUCAUCGAUACUGGUGAUGAUAUAAUAUUCUUAUUUUAAUUACAUUUACUUUGAAAUCUUACUUUAUGAACCCACUACAUGUAAAUUACACUAUCAUUGUGGUACUGCGACAACUAACAUGUGCUACGUCAUAUUGAUUCAAAAGAAAAAUUCUUUUACAACAAUCAUGAAACAAAUUAUUACAACUUGUAUUAAUCAUUCUUGUUGGCUCGGAUGUUAACGUGCAGGAGGAAAUCGGAGUACCUGGAAAAAACCCACGUGACAGGUGACCCCAUAUCUCCGCACAUCCGAUCGGGGAAUCAAACCCCGGCCGCCUUGGUGAAAGACGAGUGCGCUAUUCACUGCGCCACCCGACUAGCAUUUGAUUAUGUACAUGUCAAUGCGACGAUUGCGCUCCGUUUCAAAACGUUGUCUGAAUUAGAGACAACCGCUAUUAUGAAAAAUACUUUUGAAGUGCGGUUUUUCUAUCAAUAAUAUUCAAUUCACGAUAAUUCAAGAUCACGGAAGAAAUAAGAUAUUUCUUUUCUUCCGGGGAGUUUUGGAACUUAAAGUUUUUGCUGCGUCUUUAAUAUUGUAUAUCUUCUGUCCAGAGAUUUCCGGAAAUUUGCUAAGAUUCUACUGGCGCAAUACAAACGAAACUUUACAUGGAUAUUGAUAUACUGUUGUAGAUGAUAUUCCGGGCUCAUUUGGAUGCAUCACUUGCGACUCUGUGACAGUUUUGAGGACUCAUGUAACGGUCCACAUUACGAUUAGAAUGUGUUUUAACGAUAUUCUAGAACGUCUGAUUCGGUGGAACUCGAUAGAUCGUUAGAACUAAGGCCUCCAUUUAGGCUAAUAAGUGAAUUUGUAUUGAUUAUUUCAUAUGGUCUGAAAUUGCAAAGGGUUAAGGGUCAACAAAACUUGUCUAGUGGAACGGAAUAUUGAAAAUUACAUUUAAUAGUCAUUGUGAAGAAGGCAUAAUUUGAUAUGAAAAUAUAACGUUUCAGUUAAUCUGAAUAACGGUGAACUGAAAAUGUAUUACUCCAUUUUUUCAAUUGCUAAACAUUUAAAAUUCAAUUCAUGCUCGUGUCAUACCAAUUACAAAAUCAAUCUAAACGCAUAACGUGAUAUAAUCAAUACAGUUGAUCGCAUGUAUUCGUUCAUUAACAUUCAGUCAGGCGAUAUGAUG